AUGGAAAAAUUGGUUCUUGCGCUGCUACACGCCUCCCGAAGACUACGCAUGUACUUUACGGGGCAUGUGAUCACCGUGCUUACAAACUUCCACAUCGGCACGAUAUUGCAAAAACCAGAAACAUCCAAUUGGUUAGCAAAAUGGGCCAUCGAGCUGGGGGGCCACAAUAUCUUGUACAGGCCGCGCCCAGCCAUUAAAGGCCAGGUCCUAGCUGACUUCAUCACAGAAGUACCGGUCAAUAAAUUCAAAGAAUGUAAUCUGGUGGAGACUCCUGAAAAAGACGUAACAGAUGAGACUUGGAUGCUUUAUACUGAUGGGGCCUCAAAUGAGGACAGCGCGGGAGCAGGAUUGCGCCUGGUGAGCCCUGAGAAUCACGAAUUUACGUAUGCCGUCAAGUUGGACUUUAAAAACACCAACAACGAGGCAGAGUACGAAGCAUUUUUGGCAGGCUUACGCCUCGCCAUCAAAAUGGGAGCUAAAAGUUUACGAGCACAUGUUGAUUCACUCCUGAUAGCCAGCCAAGUUAAUGGUAUAUACGAUGCAAAGGGCGAAGUCAUGGCCCUAUAUCUAGAGCAGGCAAAAGAAUUGCUUCAACAAUUCAAGUCUCACAAAGUAAUCCACAUCAAUCGCUCUGAAAACAAACCAGCGGAUGCCUUGAGCAAACUUGCUUCGACUUCUUUUCAACACCUUGCCAAAGACGUAAGAAUAGAAGUACUCAAGAAUCCAUCAGUCUUGCUGCGACAAGUAAACGUCAUUGAGAUGGGGCAACCAUCCUGGAUGACCCCCAUAAUCCAAUAUUUGCAAGAGGGGAUACUCCCUGAAAACAUAGCAGAGGCGAGGAAGAUUCAGAACAAAUCCCUGCAUUACGAAAUGAAUGGCGGUAUUCUGUACCGAAAGUCCUUCUUGGGGCCACUACUGCGCUGUGUGGACCCCCAAGAUGCGAACUACUUGAUCAGGGAGAUCCAUGAAAGGAUCUGCGGCAUCCAUUCAGGACCACGCAUGGUUGUCGUGAAGAUCAUGAACGCCGGAUACUACUGGCCAGUGAUGCAUGUCGAUGCCCUGAAGGAGAUCCGCAAGUGCGACUCCUGUCAGCGACAUUCUCCAAAAACCCUGCGCCCCAAGAAUGACCUUAUCCCUGUAUCCACUGCAUGGCCUUUCCAGCAGUGGGGAAUCGACAUGGUGGGACCCUUCCCAGAGGCUCCUGGCGCCGUCAAAUUUAUAAUAGUGGCCGUCGAUUACUUCACGAAAUGGGUGGAGGCCUAA